UUCUCUUGAAGUUUUACAUUUUCUCUACACUGAAAAUAUAGAUGUAAAAGAAACUUUGGAGCAAUUAUUAACCAUUCUAUUUCCUCUAUAAGAUUUCACUUCCAACAAUCAUAAAAGGGACCAAGCUAGCUGAUAUGGAGGAUGUUGAGAGAAUUCCUCCCACGGAACUUAGUUAUCCAUCAGUUGACGAAGAACUAGUGGGGUUUGACGAUCAUGCAGAAAAUAUAAUCGAAAAAUUGUGGGGAAGGGGAAGCGUCUCGGACGUUAUUUCAAUUGUCGGAAUGGCCGGAAUAGGGAAAACAGCUUUGGCUAAAAAGAUAUACCAAUAGUCGUUCUAUUAGGGAACAUUUUGAUGUUCAAGCGUGGUGCUCCGUUGGACAAGUAUAUAAUGUGAGAAAGUUAUCUCUUGAGAUUCUAAAACAAACCGGGGGCGAUAGGUUUGUUAAUGUGGAUGAUCCUGAUGACAUGGUGCGGAAGCAUCUUUUUGGAAAAAGGUAUCUCAUAGUAUUGGAUGACCUGUGGGAAAGCAACGCAUGGGAUGAUUUACAUUCAUGUUUCCCUUCUUGGGAAACUGGAAGCAGAAUAAUGGUAAAAACUAGAAAUGUAGAGCUAACUCGGUAUAUGAGUUGGCGUAGUGAUCCUUAUUUGCUUCCAUUUCUAAGAGAUGAAGAGAGUUGGGAAUUAUUGCAGAAGAAAGUAUUUCAAGGAGAGAGCUGUCCUUUGGAGCUACGCAGUGUAGGAACACUAGUUGCCAAAAAAUGCAAGGGGUUGCCUUAUUUGAUAAUCAUGAUUGCUGGAAUUCUUUCUCGAAAAAAAAGAGACGCAUCUACGUGGCUUGAAGUUGCAUAUGACAUAGGUUCUCAUACUUUAGAAGAGGGAAGCAUGAAGAUGAUACAAUCAAGUUAUGACCUUUUACCUGACUAUUUAAAGCCUUGUCUUCUCUACAUGGGACUGUUUUCUAAAGACUAUGAAAUUCGAGUGUCUGAUCUGCUCAAGUGGUGGAUAGCUGAGGAGUUUGUGCCGAACAUUGGCACGUUGGAGCUAGAAGAAACAUCAAUGAGUUGCUUGAGCGAUCUUGUUAGCAGAAACUUGGUAGUUGUUUCUAAAACCAGAGUGAAUGGUGAAAUGAAAUGCUGCAUAAUUCUUGAUCAAGUGCGUGAAUUUUGCUUGACAAAAAUAAAAGAAGAAAAGUUCAUGCAACACGUAGGAAAAAGGCUAUGUAUGUACAUACAUGACGGUAUGACAAGUGAUUUCAAGGAACGAGAGUCUUUUGGAAUAAGUCAAGCCUCCCUUGAGUUCAUUGCUCAUCCAAAAUUCAGCAUAUCAGACAAUAAGAAUCUUUUCCCUUUGCUUAACAACUUGAGACUUAUUCGGGUGUUACAUUUAUUGGAUUUCUACUUGGAUGAUUCUUGGGCUGCUGCAUUUCAAUUGCUGACUCACUUAAGGUACCUUGCGAUUUUUGUUAAAGUAUUUCAUAUCAAAUGGGUGUCACACCUUGUUCAUUUACAAACUUUGGGGGUUCGUUCAUCUUAUAUAAUGAUAUCGCCUGCUAUUUGGAAACUGGAAAAGUUGAGGCAUGUGGACAUAAACGAAUUUCCCAUUAGAUGGGAAGAUGGUGAGCGAGUGAAGUUCGAAGAAUCUACAGAUAUUGUGUUACAUAACUUGAAAACUCUUGGCACGUGCUCCAUGUCUCUGGCUGACAUGACUCCGAAGUUCUGGAAUAAGUUUCCAAAUCUCGAACAACUUAGGCUCCAUAUUGAUGAAUUUGGUGAUGUUCCUUAUUAUUCAGGCUCUAGAUUAAUGACUUUGGAGAUGUUUCCCACACGUCUUAGGAAGUUGUCCCUCAGUGAAACUUUCCUGACGGAUGAAAUAGUUUCAAGUAUUGCAAAGCUGCAACACCUUGAGACUCUUAAAUUAUCUGAGAUAUACUUUACGGGAGAAAAGCAUUGGGAUCUCAGUGAUAAUACGUUCGAGGAACUCAAGUUUUUGAAACUACAUCGUGUGUUUAUGAUCCAUUGGUAUUGCUCAGACGAAUCAUUUCCUUCGCUUAAAUAUCUAGUUAUAAAAAUUUGUUCCAAGCUUGAAGAGAUCCCACUCAGCUUUGUCGAGGUUCCAACAUUGCAAUUGAUAACAAUUAUCGACUGUAGUAACUCCGUUGGUGAUUCAGCUUUGAAGAUUGAAAAAGAAAUGGAAGAGUACGGCUGCGAGCUCCAAGUUCAUAUCUUGAAGAAUGACUAAAGAUGAAGGUAAGUGAUUUCAUCAUUAUGAUGCUGUGCAUGUAUAUUGCAUC